CAUAAGUACUUUCAUACUGCUUACAUAGCGUGAAGUCGUGAACCAGAUUAUAAAAUUAUUACACUUUACAAUAAUGUCAUAUGUCAUAUGCAUUGCGAGUUUGCGACUCAUAUUGGUAUGAUGUACGGCAGGUGUGGUACUGGCACAGUUCUUAUUGAUUUCCAUUUCAACUUUCAACCCAGCGGAAGUAAAAGCCGUCGUUGGGACUUUUCCAUUGCUUCCGUUGAAGCUGUAUUUGCUUCGGUAAAUCGCUUCCUGGACGCUAAAGAAAUCAUGGAUACGGCACAUGGUGGAUUCGACAGUUCAAAAGGAGCAGCUCGGGAUGAGAAGCGGAACCAAGCCUUGAUAGGAGAGCCGUUCAUCACCGGCUCGAAUCCCGCCAGCGGGCAGUUGUUUGAAGGAGCUCCUAAUCCACCGCCGCAAGAGCCUGGAGCGCACAAUUCGGGGGAGAAGCCUAUUGCAUUGGGUGGGGAAUACGACAGGGAUUUCGCGAAACCUUCGGGAGAGCUGGAUUUUGACGCGGAGCACGGACAUAAGACAGACAUCCCGUGGGACAGUGGUCAGGGAUCGGGCUUCGACAAAGACUGGCAGUACAAGUGACGGGAUGGUCUUGUACAAGUUUACAAUCGCUGACCAUUGUAUAGUCUUGUAGUUAUUAAUCGCUUCGUUCUCUUUUUCGUUUGCUGAAAUAAAUAAAUAAUCAGAUUAUUGUUG